AUGUUGACCGCUGCUGUUUCUGGAGAUGUUUUCGCUUCUCCACCUAUUGAUUCUAUUUUAGUUAACUACACUGGUGAUAGACUAAAUUUUGGAUUAGCUGCUGAGCAGGCAAAAUCUGAAGGCUAUAAGAUGGAGAUGGUCAUUGUUGGAGAUGAUUGUGUCCUUCCCCCACCUAGAGGGAUAGCUGGUAGAAGAGGUUUAGCUGGAACAAUUCUUGUGCAUAAGGUUGCUGGGGCUGCAGCAGAUGCUGGUUUAUCUCUUGUAGCGGUUGCUGCAGAAGCAAAGCAUGCAUCUGAGGUUGUUGUUGGAGACUUCUACCUCCCCUCGUCAUACAUCAAAGGGAUCUGGUUAGAAGGUUGCAUAUUAAUGUCACUUGUACCCAGAUUAGGAGCCACUAUCAUGGAACUUAUGAUCGCAGCGAGAAAAGCAGUUCCUGAGUUGCAAUUGGUGUAUGGCAUUGUUGUUGACAGAGUGUACACUGGCACACUUAUGACAUCUCUUGAUAUGGCAGGAUUAUCUAUUACCAUUAUGAAGUCCGAUGAUAGCAUUUUGAAGAGACUUGAUGCUCCCACUAAAGCUCCAGCUUGGCCUGUUGGUUCUGAAGGAAACCGUCCACCAGCAAAGUUUCUUGUUCCUCUACCACCAUCACCUUCAAUUAAGGAUGACGAGAUUUUUGCUCCAUCUCUGGAGCUGAGCAAGCAAGGGUGUAUCCUGGAGGCUGCUAUUGAAGCAAGUGCUACUGUAAUUAUCAAUCUCAAGGAUAGCCUAAAUGAAUGGGACAGUAAAGUGGGCGAUGGUGACUGUGGAACCACAAUGUGUAGAGGUGCAACAGCUAUUCUUGAAGAUAUGAAAAAGUGUUACCCUAUGGAUGAUGCAGCUGGUUGA